AUGGCGUCCUCUUCGCGAUCCAACACAAUCUACCUGAAGCUCUAUCUGCGAAGAAGGUCUGGCGUCACUGACAGGCAGUCCAGCAAGAUUCUCUUUAUAUUUUGCGGAAACCGCACCGAUCCCAAAGCCCUGGUGCAAAAAUGGUCAUUUGGCAACGGCCUCUUCCACAGCCACUGGGAGGACGAGGUCGACAACCCGCUGCUUCUCGACGGCAUCGAAUCUGCCGUGUACGGCAUGGUCGACCACAGGUGUGUCGAGGACUCAGAGUCGGAGCUGCGCACGCUCAUUGCGGUGCCGGACAAGGACCAGCAGGCCGCGCGGAGUGCGUGGCUCAAGUGGUUGGAAGACGCGGUCGAGGAGGGAAAGAGGGCUGCUGCGGAGAGGGGAGUUUCUUCUGCUACGCUCAGGGCAGAGAUUGAGGAGGAUAAUGAGAUUGGGUGGUUCAACAACUACUUUAAGAAUUACGCAGAGGAUACAAUCAAGACUCUCCAGAAAAAGGGAAUCUUGGUUCCGUUGCGAACUAGGGCCUAA